CGGUUUAGCUCUACCAUAGUUAUUCCUUAGAACUUGAACAGUAUUACUAUUGCCAGUUAAUAAAACGACAAAAUUUCCUUUAGUCCCCGUCGGGGCUAACAAGUACCUAAUAAUUAUUUACUUAUUACAAUAUAAGUUUAUUCGGAAACGGUUUCGCGGACUAUCGGUGUGCGACGCGCGCUGUUGGAUGCGUACUAUUGGAUCGCGGCCGCAAACGGAAAGGGUCGUCGACAUGACAAACAUAAGCACUAACCACACUUUGUCAACAAACGAUUAUCACGAUUACACGGUAAGACCGGAGACGUACAUCGUUCCCGUAUUGUUCGCCAUCAUAUUUGUCGUCGGAAUAAUCGGAAACGUCACGUUGGUGUUGAUAUUUGUUCGGAACAAGCAGAUGAGGAACGUGCCCAAUAUUUACAUAAUCAAUCUAGCGCUCGGUGAUUUAUUGGUGAUCAUCAGCUGCGUGCCGUUUGCGUCUACCGCGUACAUAUUCCCGACGUGGCCUUACGGACUGGCCGUUUGCAAGGUAUUGGAGACGGCCAAAGACGUUUCGAUCGGCGUGUCGGUGUUCACGUUGACCGCGCUCAGCGCCGAUCGGUAUUUCGCCAUCGUGAACCCAAUGCGAAAGUUGCACGCGUCCAUCAACGGACGGUUCGCCACCCGGUUCACGCUUACCGUGGUCGCGGUCAUCUGGGCGGUGGCCGUGGCGUGCGCCGUGCCCGCCGCCCGGUUCUCGUACGUUCGCCAGUUCCGCAAGCACAACGUCACCGUGUUGGAAGUGUGUUACCCGUUCUCCGAGCACCUCGGGCCCGCCUAUCCCAUGGUCAUGGUGAUGUUCAAGUUUCUCGUCUACUAUGCCGUCCCGCUCGCCGUCAUCGCGUGCUUCUACGUGCUCAUCGCUCGGUACCUGUUGCACACCACCAACAACAUGCCCGGCGAACUACAGGGACAAAUACGUCAGGUACGAGCUCGCAAAAAAGUCGCUAAAGCCGUGCUAGCCUUCGUGCUGAUGUUCGCCAUCUGUUAUUUACCUCAUCACGUUUUCAUGCUGUGGUUUUACUACUACCCAAAGUCGACGGAAAAUUACAACACUUUUUGGCACGUAUUACGCAUUGUUGGAUUUUGUUUGAGUUUCAUAAACUCUGGCAUCAACCCUAUUGCCUUGUAUUUGGUGAGCGGCACGUUUCGCAAGCAUUUCGACAAACAGUUAUUCUGGUGGUGCAUGGCGUCUUCAGCGGUCACCACGGAAUCCAACUUGUUCGUGAUAAAAAAGAACGGAGCCACGAGUCGAGAUAGAAAAAUCACAGAGUUCAUAACGUUGCCGUCGAUGCAUUCAACUACAAACAAAAAUAAAAGUAAUAAGAUGACUUUUACUAUGAUCACGAAUAACGAAGGUCAGAAAAUCAAUUGCGCCCAAAAAGGGGUGGAAAGUGGGUGGCUAUCACCCUCUACAUAAUAUUUUGAAACACAUUUCUAUAACUAUUUUAAUGUUCUAUCUUAACUCUUGUAAUAAUAUCAAUUUUAAAAUAAUUAUCUUCUUUUCGUUUUACCUUUAUACAUAAUAUUAUAAGAUAAUAAUUGAUUUUAAACUAUAACAUACUUUUGUGGGUAAAGCACGUUAUUUCGAUGACCCGUUGGAAAAAACCAUGUUAAAAAUUUGCUACCUACCAUUUUGAGCCAAUUAUUCACACGUAUUGCAAUACAUCGGUUUUAUAUAGGUAAAAUUGUAUAAACCUUCCUAAUAUGUGAGUAAAUCAGUGUUUGUAUAACUCGGCAAUCGAUGUACGACGAUUUAUUUUAUAAAAUACUAAUAAAUAUAUGAAUAGUAAAUGCCCAAGUGGCAACUAUUAUUAUCGACAAA